CUUGUUUAUUCGGAUUCAUAAGAGAUUGGGUAUAGAUUCAUUUAUUCGUUGAACCUAUAAUUUAUAAUAAACAAGAGAGUAUCAAAUGGAUUCCCUCAGUUCCCGUGAUAAUGCAAUUUUGAACUGUGUCUUCAACCCGAAUUUGCCAUUAGAAGAAUCCCUGAGUGAAAAAAAACUGAGAGAUGAAGAAGAACCUAAUCCAUCUAUUAAUGAGGUGAAAGAAUUGGAAAUGAGAGCGAUUGCAUGUUCAGAAGAAGGAAAUUUGGAAGAAGCAUUACAACUUUUGAAUAAAGCUAUCGGAAUUGUCCCAGAUAAAGCAUCUUUGUACAACAACAGAUGCCAUGUGUAUCAAUUUCAGAGAAAAUUUCAAGAAGCAUUAGAUGAUGUGACAAAAGCUAUAAAUUUGGCAACUGGUACAAAAUUAGAGAAAACACUAUGUCAAGCACACAUACAAAGAGGAAUCCUUCAUCGCCGAAAUGGUGACAUGGAAAAUGCCAAAAUAGAUUUUCAAGUUGCGGCAAAUAUGGGUAGUAUUUUUGCCAAAAAUCAGAUCGUUGAAAUGAAUCCAUACGCAGCACUAUGUAAUCAAAUGCUUAGACAAGUUAUGGAAGCCUGGAAAUAAGAAAAAUAUCUGAUAAUAUGUUAAAAUGAUUGAAUUAAGAAGAUUAAAACUAUGUUCGAUAA